AUGAAGACGACUUGGAAGGAGAUUCAGCCUGUGCCCUCGAGCCAGGAGUUCCUGGAUAUCGUUCUUUCUCGGACGCAGCGACGGCUGCCGACGCAGAUUCGCUCCGGGUUCAAGAUUAGUCGGAUUCGAGGUGGGUUGUUUCCUCUGGUUCUUUCUCUUCUUUUUCGUCCUCUGGGUGUGGGCCUGGAAAGAAGCAAAUGGAACUGGAGAUAA